AUGCUCGUCUACAGGCUAUUCAAGGCGGCCCCGCUGUGCAAAGGGCUCGAGCGUGCCGUCAACCGGUCGACGCUGAUCGUGAACGCGCGCUGCUUGGCCGUGCCGGGCGGCAAGACCAACUUCAAGCGCGACAAGCCCCAUCUGAACGUGGGCACGAUCGGGCACGUCGAUCACGGAAAGACCACCCUCACCUCAGCCAUCACCAAGGUGCUCGCGACGAAGAAGGGCGCCAAGUACCGCAAAUACGAGGACAUUGACAACGCGCCCGAGGAGAAGGCUAGAGGGAUCACGAUCAACGCCUUCCACCUGGAGUACGAGACGGCGAAACGGCACUACGCGCACAUUGACUGCCCCGGGCAUGCCGACUACAUCAAGAACAUGAUCACCGGCGCCGCCCAGAUGGAGGGCGCCAUUUUGGUGGUGGCUGCCACCGAUGGCGCCAUGCCGCAGACGCGCGAGCACCUGCUGCUGGCCAAGCAGGUCGGCAUCCCGCUGCAGAAUGUCGUCGUCUUUUUGAACAAGUCGGACGAGGUGCGGGACAAGGAGACGCGCGAGCUCGUCGAGAUGGAGAUCCGCGAGCUGCUCAACGAGUUCCAGUACCCCGGCGAUGACGUUAAGGUAAUCUUCGGGUCGGCGCUGUGCGCGUUGGAGGGCAAAGAGCCGGAGCUGGGCGAGCAGUCCGUACAACAACUCCUCGACGUGCUCGACAAUGACUUUAUCAUCCCGGAGCGGAAGACCAACGAGGAGCCCAUGUUUGCCGCCGAGCACGUGUACUCCAUUAAAGGGCGCGGCACCGUGAUCACGGGCAAGCUGGAACGCGGUGUGCUGAAGCGGGGCGACAAGAUUGAAAUUGUCGGAUGCGAUCGAGAGGGGCUGUCGUCGGUCAUUUCUGGCCUCGAAUCAUUCCACAAAACCGUCGACCAAGCGGAACCUGGGGAUCAGCUGGGUGUCCUCCUCCGUGGCCUCGGCCCAAAGGAUGUUCGCCGUGGAUGUGUCCUCCUCCCCGCCGGCCACAAGCACAAGGUCACCGACAAGGUCAAGGCACAGCUGUACGUGCUGAAGUCGUCGGAGGGCGGCGGGAAGGUGCCGAUCGCCAACUACUUCAACGAGCACCUCUUCUCGCUGACGUGGGACACCGGGGCCCUGGUCAAGAUUGUCGGCAAGGACUUUAUCAUGCCCGGCGAGAGUGGAGAGGUGGAGCUGAUGCUGAACGCGAAGAUGUUCAUCGAGCCGCAACAGCGCUUCACGAUUCGCCAGGGGUCGACGACGAUUGGCACCGGCGUGUUCACCGACUGCCUGCCCGCGCAGACUGACGAGGAAAAGGACCUGAAAGCCCGGAAGAAGCUGAUGAAGGCGGAGGCGGAACGACUCGGCUUCAACCCGUACGGAGAGGGAGCCGAGAAGAAGCUGAAGCUCGACCUCACCACAGCACCCAAGGAUAACCCCAUGGCCAAGGCGUUCGAGGCGGCCGACAAG